AUGGCUUUACGAACUCCAAUGAAAAAAACACAACUUGGUUCGCGAGAUUUAGUUGCUAAUGGUGGUGGUUGCCCAGUUGAAGUUUUCUGUCGUUUACGACCACCGAAAGAUAAUAAUAAUGAUCAAGAAACAGAUAAUUCAACAUCAUCUGUUAAAGUUUCAAGUUCAACUGAACUUACUCUUUUUUCAUCGGAGAAUGUCAAAAAUGGUCAGAUUCGUGAAUCUCAUUAUGAAUUCACUCAUAUUCUUACGGAUGAUGUUUCACAGUCAGCUGCUUUUAAAGAAUUAGCCAUACCUCUUCUUGAUGAUCUUAUUCUAGGAAAAAAUAGUGUAUUGUUUACAUAUGGUAUAACUGGUUCGGGAAAAACUUAUACAAUGAUGGGCCCAUUGAAUAAUCCAGGUUUAAUUCCACGUUCAUUUGAUGUAAUUUUUAAUUCAGUUGGAUCAUAUCUUGGAAAGAAAUAUCUUCUUCGUUCUGAUCGUCAAAAUGGUUAUGAUAUUCAAAGUGAAGCUGAUAUUUUACUUGAACGACAACGAAAAGAAAUUCAAAUGGGACGAACAAAUAAUAAUCAACGUGCCAAAGUACCAGUAGAAGCACCAGUUACUCGCACAUUAGAUACGACAUCAUUAUGGAAUCCACAAUUAAAUGAAAAUUGUUCUUAUUUUGUUUUUGUUACAUUUGUUGAAAUUUAUAAUAAUUAUAUUUAUGAUUUAUUCGAUGAUGAUAUUCUUAAUAAAGCACCACAAUCGAAACAAUUACGUGAAGAUAAUCGUGGUCGACCUUAUAUAAAAGAUGUUAAAGAAAUUGAAGUACGUUCAAGUGAAGAAGCUAUUGAAUUACUUAAUAUGGGUUUAAAACGUCGUCGUAUUGCGCAUACACAAUUAAAUACAGAAUCAAGUCGAUCUCAUAGUGUACUUUCAAUGCGACUUGUUCAAUAUCAUAAUGAUAUUCCAUUGGCAUCACUUACCAAAGAUGAUCUUAUGACUAGCACAAUUCAUUUAGUUGAUCUAGCCGGAAGUGAACGUGCAAAUCGAGCGAAGACUGUUGGUGAACGAGUCAAAGAAGCGAGUAAUAUUAAUUCAUCAUUAAUGGUUCUUCGACAAUGUUUUGAGACUUUACGUGAAAAUCAAGCACAAGGUGUUAGCAAGAUGGUACCAUAUCGUCAGUCUAAAUUAACUUCAUUUUUCAAAAGUUAUUUUGAUGGUGAAGGUCGUAUAAGAAUGAUUCUUUGUGUUAAUCCAACUGUUGAUGGAUAUGAAGAAAUUCAACAUGCAUUGAAAUUUGGUGAAUUAACGAAAGAUGUUUUGGUACCACGUGCCUUACCUCCACCGCCUCCAGUUCCACCAAAAACAGCUCGUACCAAUGGUGCUUUACGCGAAAUUGAUAAUCAACCGCAGCCAUCAGCACCCGUUCUCUUUAUUGAAUUCAAUGCACAAGCUUUAAUUGCUCCAUUUCCAUCACUUGAGUAUUCUCUACUAAAUGGAGCCGAUGAUGAUGAAGCCAUUUUAACACUUCAAGAACAUCUUCAACGACGUGUUGAUGAACGACAUCGACUUAAUAUGUUAAUUCAUGAACAACAAGAUUAUUUACGUAAAUUUACAUUUGAAUUAGCAUCUGAUUAUGAUACAACAAUAUCUGAUCAUGAUGAUUUACAAAAAGAAAAUGAACAACAAAAUAAAACAAUUCGUCAUUUACAAACACGUAUUAAAUUAUUAGAAAAAUCUCAAAAUGAUUUUUAUAAAACAACAAAUCAAAUUGAACGUGAAAAUAAAACAUUAAAAUCUCAAGUUGAAGAUAAAAAUAAUGAUAUUAAAUCAUUAAAAGCUGAACGACGAAAAGAUAAAAUUGAUUAUGAAAAUAAAUUAAAAAUUAAAAUUAAUGAACUUGAACAACAAUAUUUUAAUGAAUUAAAAAAUAAAGAAAUACAAAUGCGUGAAAUUGAACGAAAUCAUGAUGAUAAAUUAAAUAUUAUCCGAUCAAUGGCUGCAAGCAAUGCUAAUACACCAAUACAUGACAAUACUUAUCAAAAUCCCUUAUCAACACGUAAACGAAGUCAAAGUGAAGAACGUAUUCUUCAAGAGAUACCGAUGCAAUCAUCACCCUCGUCUCGCCAGGGACCAGCUGUACCACCCAAACGAUUUCGCAUGUAA